UGUCCACAUUCUUGCCUUGCCUCCCCACUUAUAUCUCACUGAACACCCUCACGGUCCUCGUCUUCUCACCCUUCCCUAAGUUGUCCCCUUUAUUGUUGGGUAACACACGCCAUGUGACAGAGCCACAGAGCUCCGGCGGGGAAUGUCAGUGUCACUGGAGGUGUGGCGGGGUUAACACGUGUAGCGGCUUCCACCUUCAAGACUCGGAGCCACCUGUAGGUCACUAGUACUGGCAGGCCGGACCAGGACAGCUCUUUAGCAGUUGUGAGGGAAGACAACACAUGGAUUUUAAUUUGGAACCUUAGAGUACUGUUGACCCAUCCAUGGCCGCCACGUACCUGCGGGCAGUGUCUAUAGUCUGUCAUCCCGGUACAGUAACCCAUCUCCCCACACUAUGUAAUGUACAGUCAUGAUAAGUCUUCGUGCACAGUUCUUGUACCCCUUUGUUAGACAAAGAAAGAACUGACGUUUUUCAUAAAUAAAAUAAAAACAUUUAUGCAGUGUUCAAGUACAAGUGGCAGGAACAUGUACUCUACGACCCCUCUGGUGCGACACUCUUCACUUCCAACCAACAAGUAGAAAAACAUCCGUAUUUGUAUCUCAAGAUAAUUUUGUAGACGGUGUAACCGUGGGCUGCGAGUGUAUGUGACCGUGGGCGGCGGGCGUGUAAGACAACAGCUGACGACUGAUCUACAGGAGGCGGCAUGAGGGAGAUCAUCCACAUACAGGCCGGGCAGUGCGGCAACCAGAUCGGCUCAAAGUUCUGGGAGGUGAUCAGCGACGAACACGGGAUAGCACCUUCAGGCCUCUAUAAUGGUACUCAUGACAUCCAGCUGGAGAGGAUCAAUGUCUACUACAACGAGGUCACAGGUGGACGCUACGUGCCCAGGUCGGUGCUGGUGGACCUGGAGCCUGGCACGAUGGACGCCGUCAGGACCUCCCCCUACGGGUCGCUAUUCAAGCCUGACAACUUUGUCUUUGGUCAGAGCGGGGCGGGCAACAACUGGGCCAAGGGUCACUACACGGAGGGCGCUGAGUUGGUCGACUCGGCGCUGGACAGCAUCAGGAAAGAAUGCGAGAACUGCGACUGUCUUCAGGGAUUCCAGCUGGCACAUUCGCUGGGGGGAGGCACGGGAUCCGGGAUGGGCACCCUUCUGGUCUCCAAGAUCCGUGAAGAAUUUCCUGACCGCAUCAUGAACACCUUCUCCGUCGUCCCCAGCCCUAAGGUAUCAGACACGGUGGUGGAGCCCUACAAUGCGACACUUUCCAUACACCAGCUGGUCGAGAACACUGAUGAGACUCACUGCAUUGACAACGAGGCUCUCUACGACAUCUGCUUCCGCACCCUCAAGUUGUCCACCCCAACCUACGGCGACCUCAAUCAUCUUGUUUCCCUUACCAUGUCGGGCGUCACAACGUGUCUCAGGUUCCCCGGCCAACUGAACGCCGAUCUGAGGAAACUUGCUGUCAAUAUGGUGCCCUUCCCUCGACUACACUUUUUCAUGCCCGGAUUCGCGCCACUCACCGCCCGUGGCAGCCAGACCUUCCGUGCUGCGUCCGUGCCCGACCUCACACAACAGAUGUUUGAUGCCAAGAACAUGAUGUGCGCAUGUGACCCGCGUAACGGCAGGUAUCUGACGGUGGCGGUGGUGUUCCGGGGCCGUAUGUCCAUGAGGGAAGUAGACGAACAGAUGCUCAACGUACAGAACAAGAACAGUUCCUACUUCGUGGAGUGGAUUCCCAACAACGUGAAGACGGCCGUGUGUGACAUUCCUCCUAGGGGCUUCAAGAUGUCGGGGACGUUCAUAGGUAAUACAACAGCCAUCCAGGAGCUGUUUGUUCGAAUAGGUGACCAGUUCUCAGCCAUGUUCCACAGGAGAGCUUUCCUACACUGGUACACUGGGGAGGGAAUGGAUGAAAUGGAGUUCACAGAGGCUGAGGCCAACAUGAACGAUUUAGUGUCAGAGUACCAACAAUACCAAGAAGCAACUGCUGAUAGUGAUGAUAAUUAUGAAGAGGAACCAGAACAAGAGCAAUGAGGAAGGAACAACAGAGGACAAUGAAAAUUGUAAAAUAUUCAUUAGAGCAGGACUCAUUCACAGCAUUAGGGGAAGUAAGGUAUUCAUGGGUUCAGAAAUGAUGAAGUAUAAAUUUAUAUAUGUACAGUACAGUAUGUCUUGAUUUAUGAGAGGCUGUGUUCUGAAAACCCUAUCAUAAAUUCAAUAAUUGUAAAUUGAAUCAUAUAGCCGUUGAUUACAAUUAUGAAUUCGGAGAUACAUUUCUUGGAAAGAAAAAACUCUCCAACUCGUAAUACAAUGACACUACGGUACAUAUCACAACUAUUUGCAUGCAUUAAAAUUUAAAAUGUUGUAUAUGGUACAUAAGUAACAAUUUAAUGAAAAACAAAACUGUACUUUACUUCUUACUUUUCUUGAUUUACCCCUACUAUUGUUUAAUUGUUGUCAUAGUUGACUAAGAUACUAGUCAUAAAACUUACUGAUGGCCAUUGCCUUUUUGCCAGCCUCACUGCACCUUAUCACCCAAACUUACCAGUAACAGCUAGAGUGAUGGCUUUGCAAGGUCUCUUACCAUUGGGUAUUGCUGCUGCACAUUUCACUUGCUAGUAGCUAUCCUAAAAUCCAUUGAGAAAUGCAAGAAAUUGCUGUAAAGUUCUGUUGAAAGUUUUAAAUGAGGAGUUGGGUUCAAAAGAUGAUGUUGGCUUGUGAUUAAGUCAUUCCAAUAUGCUGUAACUUAGCCAAACUGCUAUGAUCAUACUGUAAUUACAUAAUGUUCAUUUCCUUUAAAUUUACUGUAACAGGUAAUUACAUGUUUUUCACCCAAAAAUAAAAUUAUAUAGUUUAAAAAAUAUUGUACCAUAAAAAUGAAAAAAAAACUGUGUACAGUAUAAAUAGAAAUAAAGGUUAAAUUAUUUAGGAAAAGAUAUUUUGAAAACUUGUAGAUAAGAAUUUUCAUCAGACAAAUUAAAGUAUCCCUGUACAGUAUAUACAAUACUGUAUGUAUAUACAGGUAUAAAGUUUUAAUAAUAUAUUAAUAAAAUUACUGCACUACCUGUAUCACAAUAAAGUACUGUAUAAUUUUAGCACAGUACAGUAAAAACAUACAGCCAGCAAGUCUAAAAUGAAAUUGAUGCUACAGUUCAGUGUAUGAUUUCAAAAUACCUGUACCUGUACUGUACAAUUCAUCAUGCACUUUGUUUAUACUGUACAGUACCUCUCCUCAUGUAGACAGAAUUUGUUUUAACCAAAUUUUUUGCUCUUUACAGUAUAUUGUACUUCAUUCAGCAAUGCCAAACUCUAUUCUUCCAAACAAGACAAAACAGUCUCACCUGGUACUCUCUGCACAUGUUUCCCUCAUAUCUUCAUGUCAUUAAAAAUAUUUUACAUUUAUAUAAUCAGUCAAAUUCCCAGUACUGUACAGUACAGUACUGUAUAUAUUUUCUCAAAUUGCAAAUGUAAAAUGCUCUACUGUAUUUGAUUGAAUUCCAUUCAGGUAUGUAUUAUGUGAGUAUAAUAGUAUUUACUUAAUCAAGCUCUUCUUAUAAGACUAACUUAUUAUGUCAGUGGUCAACAUUUCAGAGAAACAAAAUUAUUUUUUAUCUGGUAUAUAAAAUAAAUAAGAUAUAAUAUCAACAUAAAACUAUAGGGCACUCUCUGACCAAGCUACUGUCACCAUCCGUCCUCCGCUGCUGCCGCCCAUAAUCCUACACCACUGUCAAUAUUUUAUCCUGUGAUGAAGAGUAAUUUAGUGCUUCCAACAUGAUCUAUUGCCAGUCAGUCCAUUUUGUAGUGCAGAACUUAAUAUGAUACGUCUAACAGCCUCUUUUAUGAGGGUGAGAUACAUACAUCAACAUGGAAACUGUCUUAAAACAAGUGGUUUGAACUCAUUUACUAAAGUUUUUAUGUACUUUAUUCAACAAAGCUUUUUUUCUGUGUUAUUCAAGUAGGCAUUAGCAUAAAAUAAUUGGAUAUAUUAAACAAAAUGUAGUUCAAAUCAUUUUUUAUCAUGAUGAAAUCUUUUAUCAAUGGUAAGGCUGGAAGUCAUUGGCAGUCCACCGUGUUUCAUAAGAUUAACAUCUAGUUUUACCCAGGAGAGAUUCUUUUUUACUGUAUAUUAAGUGCUAGUGUCUUAUGGUACCAGAGUGAUCUUACUAUAAAACUUGUACGCCAGCUCUGUGAUGGGUAAGAAUAGAAAGAUGAGGGUUCCACUUAAGCUGCCACAUUAUCAUUAGUGUACUGUUGCAAGGUGUUAUCUGCACAUGAACUAUUUGACUAUGAACAGUUGUAGCAAGUUUCACACCAAGUUUUUUUCCUCAAAGAUUCUCUGAAAUACCGGUAAUUUAUAAAUAUUCUUACACCUAAUGUUGAAUAUUACUAACAAAGCAAAAAGCAAGAUAAACUAUUGAAAAGUAUUCCUGCAUACAUAUAUCGAUAUAUACCAGAAGGCUUUAGGAACACGAAUUUAUCAUUACAUUAUUUUUUUUAUAAUUACUGUACUGUUUAAAUUACUGUUAAGAGUACAGUAUCAAGAAAAAUACUGUACAUACUGCCCUGUAAAUUAUCAAUAUUCAAUUUAUGUUAAAGCAAACCAUUAUUAUGAUAUUUAACACUGACAUGCCUACAGUGAUACCAACCAAUAUUACUGUACUUGUAGAUUUGAUUUACCUAUACGAUAUAUACUGUACUACUUAUCAUACUGUAGUAAACUGAAAGCUUGUCACAGCUGUUCAUCGAUCAUCCUAUUUAUACCACAUGUAUCAAAUCAGCUCCAUAGCUUGUACUGUAAUAAACUUUGGUUUUA